GGGUCACUCGACAAACUGAAAAGCAAACGAAGUUCACAGCCGCGGUUAGCCGGCUGUGCACUAGCUCGCGAGAUUGGGAACCAGGCAGGGUGUUUGAAAACUAGCCUAGCUAACAGGCCAAUUGCUUGAGGUUUGAGGACACGUUUACAGUCCAGAAACACGACCUAUUUGUUAAUGUUGCCAACAAGUUUAUUGCUUAAUGUUAUGAACAGUAGUUUGUGCAGUCAGCUAACGUUUAACCUUAAAGCUAAUUGGUCUUAGCUAUAUUGUAAGCUAGCUGUUAAGUCGUAUUGUCCCGUAAAAAAAGUUAGCAAGCAGGUUGGACAUCUACGUUGGCCAGACAAGCUGUCUGCACACCACUAUAAGCACUGCUGCUCUAGGCUCCAGACAAUUCGACCAGAAUACAGGCUCAAUCACUCAUCUAUCAGUAUCCACCAGCAGUAUAGGUGUUUUAGAGCGAGCUAUGUCAAAUCAGGACCCAUUUUGCAGUUCAAACUGUCAGAUAUUGGGGAGGGGAUCAUGGAGGUCACAGUGAAAGAAUGGUAUGUGAAGGAGGGCGACAAGGUUUCUCAGUUUGACAGCAUCUGUGAAGUACAGAGUGACAAGGCAUCAGUAACGAUCACCAGCCGCUACGAUGGCGUGAUCCGAAAACUCUACUAUGAUAUUGACUCCAUUGCACUCGUGGGCACCCCUCUUGUCGACAUUGAAACUGAUGCUGGUCCGGAGGUGGCCCCAGAAGAAGAUAUAGUAGAGACCCCAGCAAUGGCACAAGAUGAGCACACCCACCAGCAAAUCAAGGGACAUAAGACCCAGGCCACGCCUGCAGUCCGACGUCUGGCCAUGGAGAACAAUAUCAAGCUGAGUGAGGUGGUGGGGACAGGGAAGGACGGGCGCAUCCUGAAAGAGGACAUCCUCAACUUCCUGGCCAAGCAGACGGGGGCCAUCCUGCCCCCCUCCCCGUUCCAGGAGAUUGAGCCGCCCCCACCCGCUGCUGCUGCAGGACCACCUGCUGCCACGCCCAAAGAGAAAGUGCCCCCACCGAGCAUCCCCCGCCCUGUGGCCCCCAUGCCAGUGUUCACUGGCAAGGACGUUACUGAACCUCUCAAAGGUUUCCACAAAGCCAUGGUGAGAACCAUGACCGCUGCCUUAAAGAUCCCACACUUCGGUUACUGUGACGAGGUGGACCUGACCAAGCUGGUGCGCCUGCGCUCGGAGCUGAAGGACCUGGCCGUGUCCCGCGGCGUCAAGCUCAGCUACAUGCCUUUCUUCAUCAAGGCAGCAUCCCUGGGACUGCUGCACUUCCCCAUCCUGAAUGCCUCUUUGGAUGAGAGCUGCCAGAACAUCACCUACAAGGCGUCCCACAACAUCGGCCUGGCCAUGGACACGGUGCAAGGCCUCAUCGUGCCCAACAUCAAGAACGUGCAGCUGCUGAGCGUCUACGACAUCGCCCUGGAGCUGAACCGCCUGCAGACCAUGGGAUCCACGGGCCAGCUGGGCACUGCAGACCUCACGGGGGGCACCUUCACCCUCUCCAACAUCGGCUCGAUUGGAGGCACCUAUGCAAAGCCGGUGAUCCUACCCCCAGAGGUGGCGAUUGGAGCCCUGGGGAAAAUCCAGGUGCUGCCCAGAUUUGACGCCAAGGGCGAGGUGGUGAAAGCACACAUCAUGAACAUCAGCUGGUCUGCCGACCACAGGAUUAUAGACGGAGCCACCAUGUGUAGGUUUUCCAACAUGUGGAGGGCUUAUCUGGAGAACCCGGCCUCCAUGGUCAUUGACCUCAAAUGAGCACACAGCACUUCGGAAGCCCCAGUGCGAAACUGCGGAUCAUGUAGUGCUGUUAAACUGACCUCCCGGGUGCUGUUGCUGCUGGCUUCUGAAUUCUUUUUUCUAUUCCCUCUCCCCCUUGCUGUUCUCCUGGAUGUGGCUGCACAGUGCAAGGACAUUAUAGCAUUUGCAGCCACGUGAAGAAAGUCAACAGCAGGGUCAUUCCUUCUUUUUUGUGUGCUCACUUCCGAGUCCUUCUCUCCCUCAUCAUUGCCUUACUGACACAAGAUGGUUACAAAAGAAAGCUAAACGAGAAGGCGUACCCUCCCCCUGGUAGCGAGCUGAGAUCUUGUGGAAGAGAGUUGGUAGGUGAUAAAUGCACACAGUUAUUAGAAGGUCUUCUCCAAACACUACACGGUUUCACAGACCCAAGGAUAAAGUUCCAGGACAAAGGGCUUGUUUUUGUGCUGAAUGGGGUUAGCAUGUAAAUCUGUGAUACCCAGGGAUGCGAACGGUUUCUGUUACAGAAGGGCAUAUAACAACUUUGUUUGCCAGAUUUCUAGUUUGUUUGAACAAUUUAUAUGUUUCUAAGGUGCUGCUUUUGUAGUGCUCUGUACUUCACUAGAACCCAUUUCUUUCCACACUGUCUGGAUAUGUCAUAAACAUUGUUAACAGAGAAUGUGGUUAAGUUGAGGGUGGAAUAUUUGUAUUACUAGGUUGCUUGGGGAUUGUGGGAAAUUAUUAUACACUACUUGUUCGGGGAGUCUGCUACUUGCAGGGACAAAUACCAUGACAGGAUUUCAUAAUAUCCAACAGCAACUGGUCAGGUUUUCUGGUGUGGAUCUUGAAUAACAAAGAAAAAGGUUAAUAAAACUGGUGUGUAAGAGAUCAUGUUGUUUGUUCUCAUUCAUGAUGUGACAUUGUGUAACAAUAAAUAAACAUUGACUCUACGUUAA